AUGGAUCAUGUCGAGCAGAUGUUCGGCAGCGUCGAGUCGGAGAUGUCGACGUCGGCGACGCCUUCUUCGACCUUCUCGCCCGUGCCGCCCAUGUUCAGCGGCCGCUUUCAGAGAUCUUCACGAGGGCCUCGCUACAAAUAUUCGGACACGAUCCUGCACACCUACUCGUGUCGCCGGUGAUUCUGAUCCAGUGUUGAAAAGAUAUACUCAAUCUUGAUAUUGCUUUACAGCCCUCUUACAUAAGAAAAAUGGAAAUUUUUACAAACGUACACACUUAUGAUCGCCCCACAAAAAUUGUUCUUUUCGAAUUUCAUACUAGUUAAAACUGUUGCUGAAGCUCAACGGUACAAAGACACGUAUGAGAAGGAUUUGAAGGAAAAAAGGAGGCUUUCAUCGGAAAUAGACUUCAUUGAUUAGCGGUAAAAAAGAUUCAGAGUUAUUUUUUUGCUCUAUUCGUAAAGCCUUCAGUAAAAUCUGAAAAAACCUCAGGAGAAAUUUGAGCGGAAAGAUAUUUUUGAAGGGAAAAAUUCGCAAAAUGGUUUGAGAGCUUUUUCUCAAAAACAUUUUCGAACUUUUCGAGUGCUUGAGUUUUUAUUUUUAGAAAACAGUACGAGUUGAUGAACAUAUGAAUUAUCAAACAUCACCUGAUUAUCUCCAUAGGAAAAUGAACUGAUUGGACAUCCUUCCUGUAGUAGCCGAGAAUAACCUGUCUGACUUUUCGAAAAUAAUUGCUUUUUGCUUCUAUUUUGGCGAAAAUCUCUCAAAAAGCAGAAUCCGCCGCGCCCUUUCCUGCCGAAAGGCUCCACGGAAAUGAACUGCGCCCACAGGGGAACUUUAAUUACCUGUCUGUGCCAUUUUUCGCAGUUAUAACAGAAUCUGAAAGGCAGGCAAAGCCCUGGUUAUAUUUUAUUUAUUGCUGUCCGGAUCUCGACAAAGUGCCGAGUGUCUUCUUCGGCGUCCCAUUUUGUUGCCGCUUCCCAACUUUUUUUGGCCUUUAACAAUGGUUUCCGGGUCGCGGAGCAAAAUUCCACGACGUGCUCGACGCUUUCGGUAUCUUUUUCGCGGUUUCAUCGUGUUCAUAAAAGUAUUCAGAUUUUAAUGCAUUUUUUUUCGAGUUUCUGAAUUUUAAAAAAGUUUUUUUGGGCUUUUUGAAGGUGUUAACGGUUUCAAAGUGCGUUCUGUUCACAGAAUCUCCUAUUUUGGGAUGCCAAUAUUCUUUUUUUGAAACCUUCAAACUAUCCCAAAUCGAGAAUUCUACGCAUUUUGACACCUGAACAUUUUUGAACAGAAAGUAACUUCAAGUUUUUAAUAAUGGUUACUAAAAAAACGACCGACCGCCCGACUUUUCCAGGAUGCCCGUGACAAACUGUAUACAAGAUACCUCGAAUAAGUCGGUUCAACUUGCAGAAAUUCAUUAAAAAUAUAUGAUUUCUGAUGUUUGGUUUUGCUGAAAUUUCAUCAAGCUUUGUAGACAAAUUGGUCGUUAGGAACACUAGGUGAUAAAUGUACGCGGCGGUUUUUUAUGGACGUAAAUUGGGUUAUGCCAGGAGAUUUUGGGACAAGCUUGAGGCUAAAAAUGAAGAGAAAGGGAUGAGAUAAUUCUUUGAAAUAGAAAAGAAUGGGACUUUGAGGGAGUUGAAGUGAAUUGAAUUUUUUUUCGUAACUUUUAAUUUUAGGUCGAGCUCGAUUCCGGCUCCUUUGGACCGUCGCCAAGGCCGAAGCUGUGAUCUUCACGCGGCGGAGGACGACCGUCAAGAUCGGUUCGACAAUCCCAUUGCUCAGGUUAUCGACUCGAGUCUCAGAAAAAGGGAUUACGGUAAAUACUGAUGAAGAAAAGCUACAGUAAUCACAUUUUUCAGAAUUAACUAAAGCGAAAAUCGAAUUUUCAGCCAAAAGUCUAGAAAGUAAAGUUGAGCGGCUAUAAUCUGUUUCAGGCAAUCCAUACAGUUUAGCAAGAAAAAACAAUUAUCGCAAUAUAAAUUUUUUCAGUGAUAAGCCUUUUGAAUUCGCAAACGCACAAAUAAUUGCAAAAAAAUUAUUUGGAUAGUUUGAAGCUUCAUAACUCGAAGAGAAAGAUCUACUGCGAGAGAUAUUUCUUGCUUUGGAAUUAGCAGUUUCUGAAGUACAUUUCAGCCAAGUUUCGUCAAAAAUUCAACCGGGAGCCAAAAAAAGUUCCUUUGUAAGAUUUUAGUUGAAAAACAAUAUUUAGAUCAAGAGUGUCACUGAAAAGAGUAUUCUAGUUGGAUUUGUACAAUUUCUAUGCAAUCUGAUGAAGUCGAUGAACCAUCUAUCGAUUUUUUGACGUUUGAAUCAUAUUAUACGGGAUUUAAAGAUCUGACGAUCCUUAUUUGACUGAUAAAAACGAUGAAUAUCCGCAGGAUCUACGUUUUUCCAGCUGCCAAGUCUUGAUUCUCCACGCGUUAAGUAGUACAAAUAGGACAGCGUCGGAUCGUGUUUCAGAAAGGAAAAAAACCCUCUUACAAGCCUUUUUCUCUCGACUUUUCUUUUAUUAUUCCCAAUUUAUUUUUUCCUGGAAAAGAAGACGAAUCUCUGUUUUUGGCUGGAAAAAUGUGACCCUUUUAUGAGCCAUUUCGUGUUAAUCCUUCUCUCGAUUUGCAUUGAAACUAGAGAAGCUUCGGAUCCUGAAAAUAUUUUUUUAGAUAUUUUUUUGCUAUUUUUUUGCCUAUUCUUCGAAAUUUUUUUUUAAAAAAGGUUUUUUUGUUCUGUAUAGCAGAACUCGAUGAUUUUACCAAUUUAGGUCUUCAUUUUUAUUAUUCCGUAAUUUUUGAGAUAGACUCAGUUUGAAAAUCAAAAUUUGAUGAAAAGUAAUUUUUUGUUCCGCAUUGUCGUGCACUUUUUAUUUUCUCCAGCCUAAACAAAUUUAUUUUGCGAAUUCGUCCAUUUUCAACUUUUUUCUCAAAAAUAAAAUUUUCUAUGCUUUUCGAAAGUUCAGGGAAAGUUUCCCUCGGAAUAUUCGGCACUCCGAAAAAAUAAAUAUUUUUCAAGCUAUAUAAUGUUCCUUUAAACAUCCCAAAAAGAUAUUUGGAAAGAAAAAAAACUGAAAACCUUAGUCUUCAUAAAGCCUCAUGAUAUGUAUACUUCCAGGUUAAAUACUUUACCUUUAAUCCGUUUUUGUUCUCAUUCGAUUUCGGCAACUCUCGUGGGGCGCGCCUCGAUUGAAUUAAUUGCUUCUGAGGGCAGAAACAAAUGAAAAAAGCAAACGACAAACAGUGGAAAUUCAAUAUGUUACAAGGAAAUGGGCAUGACAUGCAUCAAGCCCCCGUUUUUCGCCUUUUCAUCAAGUUUAUCGAUCUUCGCUUCUUUUAGCAUAAUUAAUUUGUUUUGAGAAAAAAUUAAGUUUGUUUUUUUGAUAACAAGGAAGCUUACAAUUUUUUCUACAAAUUUUUCAGCAAUCAUAUAUAUAUUCGUUUCUAAAAUUCCGUACAAAAAUUGUUUUAAAGGAGCAUGAACAUAUUUUAUAAAGGUUUCGAGGCGGAGAGCCUUUCUGUGCUAUUUCAGAGAGUUAGAAGUUUUUGCGAUUUUUGCCCAGGGAAGAUUUUUGAAUAGUUUUCACGGAAUCUGUUGAUCAGGACAAAAUUAAAACACGUUUUCACCGGAAAUAGCAGGAGUUUCAUUCUGAUUUUCACGUAUACAGACGAUAUUUGGCGUUCUCACUCUUCAAAAAAUAUCUACAGGCUGUGAUCUUUAGUUUUCCUGAUCAAAGUUUCCUGAGCUCUCUAGUUUCCUAGAACGAAAAUCACAAGCAAAAAACCUGGCAGUGUCGUCUUUCAAGAAAAAAUUUGGUUUUCUAGGCAUUCAAUUCGGAACUAAUGCAGCUUUCGACUCAUCAUUUUAGCUCUGAUUCUUGAUUUUCCGCUCAUGAUUUAUUUUUCAUAGGUUUUGAAAGGAUCAGCCUUUGAAUUUCGUCCAAAAUCGAAGUAGCUUUAAUUUAGGCCACGCCCAUUUACAUGGCCUUUUCGAGCAGUUUAGGGGACUUUCGAAAAAUGAAUUAUAUAGCUAUAGCUAUAAUAUUUUCUUCCUUUCAUUUUUUUUUCUUUUUUUUACGUAAUUGGCAUUAUUUCAUAGCGUAAGUAUUAGACUUUCGAUCUUGUUUAAUUCAAAAAUUAUGUAAAGAACUAGAAAUAGCUUCGCUUCAUUCUUUCCGAAGAUUUUUUUUUCGAAUUUGUAAGUUAGGAAUAAUUUUCAUUAACGAGAGCCUUCUUAAAAUGAACAAGCUUUUUAAUCUUGCAAAUCCAUCUAGUUUGUUGGUUUUUUUUUUUGAGCCAUUACUUAAAUCAACUAGGAAAGAUUUUUAAAAUGGAAAAGCAUAUCUAUAAAUUAGGGUGAAUUGAAAGAAAUAUGAAAUCUUUUGAUCGAUUUUUAAAGGAGCGGAAUGAAAUUUUCAUGAAGACCUUGUAAAAUAUUGCCAUGAUAUCACCAAAAAAAAAAAAAUUUCAAAAAGUGACCUUUCCACACAUUUCAUGACACUUGGCUUCAAAAAAAAAAAAGUGGAAAGUUUGAAUUCAUUGAAACUUUAGUUUAAAUACGAAAAAUGGAAUUGGAACAAAUCCAAGUAAAUGGUUGACGUUCAUUUCCUCAUCAUCAUCAUCUUCGUGGCGAAAUGUCCUCUGGCCAUUGUCGUAUUUAAUGCGCUCGGUUGCCCUGUUCAACUGGCUCGGGACCUCCCUAAAAGCCGUCCGUUCUUUCCAUCGUACUUCUCCUUGUUUCUUUCCAUUCCUUCGGAUUUUAUUUUAUUUCAGUUUAGAUAUUUUUUUACUAAAAAGCAGUAUUUUAUAACGUACUUUUGACAUAUCAACGAAAGGAUGUGGCCGAAAACCCAGAGAACUUGUUAGUUUCAAAAUCGAAAAUAAAAUUGAGUACCAGCCUGAGCCGUUAAUUUCGUCCAAGGGGUCACUUGGAAAUUGCUACAACUCCUCAAGUGGUCUAUCUACUUUCUGAAAAUUUGUAUUUCGAACAUGUGUUCCUCCGUUUUCUCUUUUAAGAUAGCAAAAAAAAGAUUUAUGCAAAUCGAGUCAUGAAAUUUGCCACGACCACAGGAGGUUAGAAAAAAACCGCAUUCUGACGUUUUUUUCUUGGUUCAUUUUUUUCGUCAAAAAAAUUUGAAAAAAUGAAUUAUCUUUUUAAAAAGAGUUGUCGUGAAAUCGAGGCGUGCGAUAUGAAUAAGUAUUGAAUUAUAGAAACAAACUUUAUUUGAAACAAAAACAUUUCAUUUUCGACAGAAAAAAAGUCUAUAGUUAAUUAUCAAGUCAGCCAUUAGCAAAGACGAUAUUAAAUAAGUUUCAAAAGAAGGGUUCAAAAAUAUUUCAUUUCAGUCUUUGAGGUCUUUUUCAAAAUCCUAUUCGAUGUUUUGUUUGUAAUUUUUUUUCUUACUGAUUUUCCUGCGUUAUUUUCGCCAUUUGACAAUGUUUGGACCAACAAAAUAUGCCACUUCAGGGGUUUCUAACACAAAUUUAUUGAAAGAGUUGGACUCGCGAAUGUCGACGACGACUCUGACCUACGGGUCGACACUUUCGACCCUCAACCGUCGGAGAACCGAGCCGAAACGCAAGAAUGGUCCAUUCUCGCCCAAACGCGACAGGGCUUUCUCCAUGUUUACGGUCCUUUUUCCAUCGAUUGUUCUAGGAAAAUUGGAAGUCUCUCAGCUUUUCUUUCUGCAAAUCUCAUUUUUUUAUUCAUCGGGAUAUGAUGUAAAAAAAGGUGGAAAAAAAACAGCAGCGUAUAAAGUCGCGUGAUCCUCAUGAGCCUCUGAAAAUCAGUUUUUUAAUAUUUGUUAAUUUUUGCCGAGUUUCUCCAUUCUCCCCGUUUGUAGCAUUUCUCUUUCAUUUUCCAUAUUUUUCAAAGACUUUCUUAGUCACACACACAAAUUCCUUUUGGACUCUUUGUUGAUGUAUUUCCACCUGGAUUUCCGAGAAAUUGGUCUUGUACUGGCGGAAGAGCGUGGGAGUGUCUCGUGACUUGUUCUUAGCCUCCGUCUGAAGAUUUGCACAACUUUUUUUUUCCAACGAUCGCUUCCAUGCAAAUCGAAUUUUGGUCGAGUUAUGAUGGAUGGAAAAAACAAAGGAUUCUUUUCGUAAACCCAAAAAGAAAUGGGCUGACGGUAUGGCCGUGUACCACGACUUGGAAUUUCGCGGAACGACAUUCCGCUGUGCCGCUGCGCCCCUUUGCGAACCUUUGGUCGCGCUUUUUUUUAAGGUACUCCACUUUCAUGUUCUCCCACAGCAAUAAAAAUCUAUUGGAACCUAUAUUUGGAAGACGGUUUGCAAACGCGGGCAUCGGAACAGCGGAAUGUCGUUCUGUGAAAUUUCAAGUCGUGACACACAGACUAUAGAAAAAAUUAAUUAUUAUAGGGGUGUGUGGUAGUGUAAGUUUUCUUGUUUAGUGAGUAUCAGGUUAAUUGUGAUUUUUGAAGUUGCAAACAUAUCAAUAAUGUUUUGAAACCGGAGUGCAAAGCAUCCCUUUUCACUCACAUUUAACCCCGAAAUUAUUUAUUUUUCAAAGGUUUUUCCUUCACAACUGGGCAACCAUGGACAUUUGAAUUUUUAGAAUCAAUAUAUCAGUGCUUAAUAUAAGUCUGAUAGUUGAGAUGAAGAAGUCGGUUUCAAAAUGUCACCCGAAAAUGUACGAAUUCAGGUUUCUUCGGACAUCCUACGUGUUUCGGGCUACACCCAACAGUUCCGGAGUCUUCUGACGGCCAGAUUCUCCCCAAGACGAGAAUCUGUUCCCAACGUGCAUCUGGAGCACGAGGAGGACGACGAGAUCUGUGGUUCGUUCCUUUUUUUUUAGUUUCAGGACAUUUUGGCGCAGUCUUUGGGAAUGGAACUCUGGAUUUUUAAAAUUUUCAUACUUACUGAUCUCAACAAAAUUUUUUUGAUCUCACAUUUGAAAAAAAAAUUUUUUUUUAAGUUGAUCCAAAUUGAAUCAAAUAAAGAGAAAAACAAGAAGCGAGUCAAAUAAGACACGAUCUUUAUUUACACCUUCUCAAAUUAUAUUUCAGUCAUAUCUUGAAAAAAAUUCACCUGCCUUUAUGAUAAAAUUGGAACUUUAUGAUAAAAAAAUAAAAGCAAAAAUUCCAUGAGACUUUGCUGGCAAAUAUUGAAAAGAAUGAACUUGUUAUACUUGGAAAUGUAGUUUGAACUGGGUUCAGAACUCACUUUUUUGUUGAAUUUGUAGGGAAGUUUUGAAAAAAAAAGCAGGAAAGAUAGCUUCUGAAAAAUAUUCAAAAAUCAUAUUUUUCUCGUUCUUCUGAAGUAAAGUCAAUGAGGGCAGAAACUAGAAGCGAACUUGUGACCUUUUUGACGAUAGACGCGAUCCCAAGCCGCUGCGCUGUAGUCCAUUUUCUGAAUCUUAUUCGAUUGCAGUUCAUAUCUCACACUUCAUACAGAAUUCAAGAACUUCAAGGCGCUUUUUAUUUUUAAAGAUUUUUUACCAACUCUGGAAACUUCUGGACUCUAGAAUACUCUACGAAUCUUCAAUGGAUGAACAUUGAACCUUGGAAUUUCUACAAACCUGACGUGAGAAAACAAAAAUUGGAGUGAAAUUCGAAACGACGGUGUGAUGGAAUAAUCCACUGAGUGGGCCAAACGAACCAAGAAAGAGCAAAUAAUUAUAAUAAGUGACAGGAAGACGCUUUUUUGACGUCGUGUGUAGGUCUACCGAGAAAAAAGAAUUUUUUUGUUCUUGGAAACAUUCUUCGGAAUAUUUAUAAGCGCGUGAAGAUAAUUUUAUUGGAAUACGAAACAAUUUGUCAUGAUUGAAAAUUUAUAGUUUUUUUUAAAGUCGCGGUAUUUUUUUAAAGAAUCGAAAAUGAAUAUGGAUGAUUGGGCAUACUUUCAUCAGAAAAGCUGUUACACAAACGAAAAUGGCUGAAAGGAUUUAGUAAUAAAAUUUUUUAUACAACAUCAAAAAAAUGGUAAUUAUCCUUGCAAAUGCGCUCUAUUAAACAACCUGAAUUUUUCUCCAAUACUAAUCUUCAAAAAAGUUUUCGGUUCAGCGCAUUCUUCACCCACCCACCACUUUUAAGCUUUUUCCUUCUUUUUACAAUCCUUAUCGGAAUUUCCUUCCCUCUCAAGGGUUACCUCUUUCUUUUUACCUGAAAUCCCUCCAAAAACAAGCUUAUUUUGUCUGGAGUAGAUUUUUGAGACUAAUUAAUUUUUCACGUUCGAUUGCGAAUAUCACAUAAUUUUUUGCUGAUUUUCUCACCGCCAGGUUCCCACAACGGCGAAGAAAGAGCUGAAAAAAUCAGUUUAUGAUUAAGACUAGAUUAUUCAUCUUCUUUUGAAAAAAGCCUUCUUUUGCAAAUUUAUAAAAAAUGCAAAAUGAAAAUGGAAGGAUAAUUCAAAAAGCGGCGAAUUCAAAGUAAUUUAAGCCAGGGAUUGAGGGCUAUAAACGGUAUUUGGAGGCGUCUCAUUAUGAGAACAUGAAUUCCUCCAAGAAAAAUCAGCUUUUUGGGGGAGGUAUCAUUAUCUUUAUUUCGAAAAGUUUCCUUUUUAAUUUUUUGAGAAAAAUUUUCAUGAGAUAAGAUUGUAUGGAAGAUUUUUCUUUAAAAAAAAAUUAAUUCUUUGUGAAUAUAUUUGGAUAAUAUCAGAUAUAAUCUUCCAUGACGACUGCCCCCGAACAAGCUCAUCCGAUCCGAGAACGCUUCUCGUGAUUGAACGUCUUCAAGUUCCUUCUGCGGAGUAUUAUGAUAAUAUUCUGUUCAAAACAGCUUUCUGGACCGUGCAAAGACGUGGAUACUCAGCAAAACGAAGAAUCCUGUGACGACUGUUUUUGUUUUGAGUCUCGGAAAAUUAUCAUCUUGAUUUAUUUUUCAAAAUUUUUUUCUGCGGGAUUUAGUUUCGCUCCGAUAUUUUGUGAAGCUCACGAGCGCAAACUUUUUCAAGUCGGAGAGAUUGUGAAGCAUUUUGUAGCCGUUACACAUCAAUUCAUUUACAUGUUUAUUCAGAGAAAAACUCGAUAUACCGUUUUUUUUUUUCAAAUUCCAAGUUCAUUCUUUGAUUUAUUAGGCAAUUUUUGCGAUUGAUAAAACAAUAGAACAAAAGCGACAUGUCAGGAUAUCAGCAAAAAUUCUCUUUUUUAAAAAAGACCUAUCCUGCUUUUUUGAAACCUUCAAAGCAGUGGUGUGUGGAAUAUUAAAGAAAAACUCUCACAAAAAAUAAAAAGUAUUCUAGAAGCAUGAAAGUUUUGCGAAUAUGUUUUCCUCCUCCAACAUUCAGAAAAAAGAACCGGUUUUUUAAAAACUCUUUUCACGGAAGUCUAGCCUGAACAUUUUUGAACAUGUUUUUGGCUCCUCCUGUACUUUUUAUCUUCAUUGAGUGCGUAUACUUUUGAAUGAGCGGAACAGUAAAGAGCCUCAACAAAUAUCCGAAAAUGUAAUUUCUCAGCACCUCUGUGACGGCGGAUAUUGAGCACACGGACAGGCUUAAGCUACCUGGCGGCCACUCCCUCCCCAGACACACCCCCCAGGCUUGCGCGUUUGCAUAUGCGCUCGGCCGAGUCGACGAUGCGACGAUGACUUCGUCGACAAUCUACGAACGACGUCGCAGCGAGCUGAAGCACCAGGCCGCGUCGCUGCCGCAGCACUCGCUUCAGUCGCAGCUUCCGCCGCCCUCGUCGCAGCUCUAUUUCCGUCGGUCCACCUUGAAUCCUUACUCUACCGCCUACAGUAAUGCUGGGAAGUUCGCCCGCGUCGUCGCGCCUCAGAGGAGAUUCAGUUCUGUCGAUGCCGCCUUUCCGAAUGCGAUUAUUAGAAGGAGCAGUUCGAAGAAACGACGCGAGUCUAAGAAUGUUGUCCACAUCUUUUCCAACCCUUGUAAGUUUUCAUUUCGAAUUUGAAGAGCUUCAUUUUUUCAAUUUUUAGAUGGUUCACCUUGAGUACUUUUUAGAACAAAGCUUGAAAGUUAACGUACGAAAAGACGUUUUAGUGAGUAUGCUGAUCUUUACUGAGAAUUUCGACUUGUGGUCGCAAGUCUAUUUUUUAGGACCUGCGAUUGAAAAUUAGCAAGGGAGUCUUCAAAAAAACUUUCGUGAUUUCUCGUAGUCGAAUAAUUUUAUUUUUUUCUUUUUUUCGAAUUUUUAAAGGAAGUCUUAGUUGUCAAAAAAAUGACAAUUUUUUUCGAAAAAUUUCAAACGAUGUGAGGAAUGAAAAACUUCACAACAAACGGUUUUUACAUCUUUUUUUCUUUCACUUUAGAUUUUUUUAUUGAAAAACUUUUUUUACAUCGAUUUCUACAUUUUUUUGAAUCGAUGAAGUUUCUUUUUAUUUUUUUCAAGCUUGAAACAGAGUUCAUAAAAUUCCUAAAAAAAUAAGGAAGAAAAAUUCCAAAAAAAUUUGAAUCGUUUUGAAAAAUAUUCUGUUUUUUUGCUUCAUUUCAUCAUCGCGUUCCUCCAGGAAAAAUGUUAUUACCUCUUUUUAAAUUGGUGCAGCGAGAAAAAUGUUGUUUUUUUUUCAACUCUCAAAACGGAAUUUUGAGAAAAGUUCCAUUUCGUGAUACUUUCUCGUUAACUUUUGAACAGUCACAAUUUUCUUAAGUUUAUACUUCUUGACCCGAAUUUUAGCUUUCGAAAAUCAAUAUUUUCUACCUCAAAACCUUUAUGAGAUUUGAUUAUGACCCUUUGAACUUUUGAGCACUUUGUAAGAACCUGCCUUUCUUCUUAAAGGUUUCCCGGCUUUUCCUGACCGGCUUCUUUUGCUUCAUACUAUUUACUUCCCUUAUUCCUUUUUAUUGCACGACCAGAUUCGUUAUCUCUAGAAAUAUUAAUUUUUUUCGAUUUUGAAGCAAGAAUCUGAGAGUUUCUGAUGAAUCUUGUGAAUCACAGGCUAAAUGGAACGCAUUCAUCCAUGGUCACGAGCCUUUUUUUCCAUUGAAAUCCAGUCAAAUGACAAAUUGGAGACAGAACAUCUCGAAGGGAAGGGCGAUCUAAAGUCUAGGUGUAUUUCCGUCGUUUACCUUGUCAUAAUCCGGCAUGUAUCACCGGCAAAUCCAGGCAAUAUAUACACGAUCGUGUCGAUGAAGGUCUUCUCUGGGGGGAUUUUCUUGUUUGUUUCCUCAGACUCUUCUUAGUUAAUCUCGUUCCUUUUCCUGCGGCUUGAAAGUCGUCAAAUGAAACUUGUAAUGAGAGAUGGCCGGAAACAUGAUAUUCGUCUCUCGUUUCUUUUUUUUUCUCCUCUCACUUAAUCCUUUUUGGGAGCUCGUCGGGUCAAGCGAAAUUAGUGGGAAGUUUAUAGAGAGAGUGGGAAGAAUUUCAGAGCGAUAAUUACAAUAAUAAUCAAUAUAUUAUUGAGCUGUCACGAAAUACUUUUUUUUAAAGCUGGAUAAUGUGAAAAAGAAGCUUUUUCGAUUUUCCGAUCUUUCUUUUUAAAAAAAAGAGUUUCAAUGUUUAGAUUUUCGAAGAAAAACUUGUUUUCAUUGAGCUAAUGCGCUUCUCUCUCGUUUGGAUGAUUCAGGAGAAAAUAGUCUGAAUAAUGAUUUUUUUUUUCCUUUUUAGUUUUAAACUUCAUGGAACGCGCUAGGCUUUCGGAAAUUUGAAUAUGUGGCCGCCUUAUUUGUGGCGAAAAAAUUUUGAAGGGUUUAUAUAAAAAAUUAAGAUACAGAUUUGGUCUUCCCUUUGUGUUGAAAGUGUUUACCCAUCAAAAGCCGAUCUUUGCCUGGCUUUUAUCUUUUGUUCUUUUGUAACGAUGACAUUCAUCCAGGUGGGCGGCUUAUUUUCAUGGAGCUUAGCCAAUAAUCCCAAGAGUCUGGCUUAUAUUAUCAAAUAUCCUUGACCUUUCUCCAUACAAUAUGUCAACUUUAGUUCUUUUUCAUUACGAGCAGAUUUUCAUGAAGCUCUUAUGUUGAUACUACAUUUUAUGAGGCUCAUUUCCGACCUCAUAAGGACAGAAUAUCCGUCAGAUUCUAUUCAAAAUGAUGCGAUUUUUCAUUUUUCCUCCAAAAAGCUAAAGGAAGUCAACAUCAUGGCUGAAUGGGCGUGUAAUCAGUGAUGACGUAGAGAAAACGUUUUUCUCUCAAUCAGUUUAAUUUCAGAAAAAAAAGUGCAGAAAACAAGGAUUUUCGAGGAUACCAGCUCAUGAGCUACCGUAGAAGCUUUCCUCACCAAAACAAAGAUAAGCUUCCAUCUUUGAAGGAUUUCAUUUUAAGCCUAGAAUAACAGAAAAACACUCGAAAACAACCUAUUUUGUUGGAAAAAUCGGACCAAUUUUCAAAAAAGAAAAACUACUGAAACGGAAAGAAAAAGUUUUAUGCUUAUCACAGAAAGUUUGUUAGGCCGACUUGAAGCCGUCGACGCUUCAUUUGAAAACUUUGAAAGUUUUCUUUGAAAGUUUUUCAAAUAGAACCACGCCGCGACCGCAAGCCAUUCUCCACGCGACCAAAUCGCAGGGAGUGGAGAUUAGACGUUGUUUCGAGCUUUGUGGUCAAUAAGAAGAUUUUUUUGAAACAAUACCAAUUUUUCGAAAAAGUUAUUCCAAAAAAAGUUUAUAUACUAAUUUUUUUCACAAUUAAACAACCUGACCUUUUUCGUAUCUCCUAUUGUUUUUUUCAAAAACUGAAAAAAAUAAAUGAAGAAGAGAAGUAUUCUAUCAUUUUAUAUAGUACAAUUUCGAUCAAAAAAAUUUCGUGGCUUUUAAAAAUAUAUUUAUUUUUGCCAAUGGUCAGAAAUGUUAGAUUACGUAGAAAUUUCCUUUCAUUCCCGAUUCUUUAUGGUGGAUUUCAUGACUCCAACUCAAUUUCGGAUCAAAAUCUUCAUCACGAAAAAUUGAACUGAAUUGAAUAAAUUUUUGAAUGCAUUUUUGCUUUUUUCUUAAACUUUUCAAGCCAAACUCUAGAAAUAACAAGCUUGGCGAUAGCUACUAUGAGAAUUUGAAGAGGUCUUUUGAGAGUCGAAAACUUUUUUUCCCAUUCUAAGGUCUUUCAGAUGAUUUCCUUUUUGCUUCUUCAUAAAUAUCAAACUUUUAUUGACUCGUGAAAUUCGGGAUGCCUCAGUGGCCAUCUUGUCGAAUUAAGCCGUUUUUUAAGAUCUCAUUUAGUGAAAGAAAAAGAGAUUAUUUCAGUUAUUGUUUAUAGUUUGAUCUACCUCAUCUCAAACUGACCUUCUUUGUGAGUACCUUUCGGUCUUCUUCUUCGGUCUUUUUCUACUUCAAACCUGAGAAGACUCCUCGAAACCUUCUCCUAAUGAGGCCGAAUUUAGACUUGUUGAUUUUCGAGUUCCGACUUCAAAAAAAGUUAUCCAAAACGCGUGAUCUGCCUCAUUUCAAUGAAAGCCAUCUUUUUUGUUAGUAACUUUUGGCUUUAUUUAACGAGCUCCAGCUAAACCGCUUCCCAAAAUCUUUUGCUAAUGAGGCCGAAAGUUUGGCAAGUCAUUGAAUUUGGACUGUGAUGGCGGUGGCUGUAAAUAGACGUCGUCCAUGGCAACGACGGAGGCUGGCGCCGCCUCAGACGCCUCUUGUAGAGGAGGAGGAGAAGGCCCGCUUCCGACCCGCAGUCUGACUCGAUCUGCUCGGCACGGAUUACGGUGGUCCGACCUCCUUGCGGAAUUGCAUGCACUUUCAAUGCGUCAUGACCGCCACCUUCGUCAGUCACUGUAAUUUCGUUACUCGAGGUUCGGCUAUUUUUAUUCUUUUUGAAGUUUUUGAACAAGUUUCAUCUUGCGUCUUCAGGUUUUAAUUAACGGUUUCUCGCCCAUUUUUGAAGUCUUAUUUAAUCGUCUGAUUUUUUUGACUUGUCUUGUCAUUUGUAUGCAAUCUCUUACCAUCGAAAAAUCAAUAUGAGAAUCUGAGUUGAUCUGCAAACUUUCAAUCGAUAGCUGCACGUUGCAAAAGUCACUGAAGAGGUCCCAUUUUGUUAGCUGAAAAGUAUAAAAUUUGACGUAACCUCUGCUGAAUCAGUUAACCAAAAAGAGUUUACGGUUUCUUCAAUUUUUAUUGCAAAGGUAAUGAUCCUACAGUUUUUUGAACGUUUUUUUUUUAUUAAAUUCAGCAAUGAUUCAACUAUCGGCCUUAAAAGAGUGGUUGUAUCUUUUUCGAAGAAUCACCUGUCAAGUUUCGAGUUUGAGGUUAAGGUAUUCGUAGUAAGUUCAGGAUUUAUUUCAAAAUGGGAAAGGAUUAUUGCAUUGGAAGAAAGAUUAGGUUUUAAUUCGAUUUCCGUUUCACCUUUUUCAAAAUUUAGAUGUCGUGUUGAAAACGAGAAGCAAGAGAUAAAAAGAUCUCUCAACUUUCAAAAAGAUCUUUUUUAGCUCGCUCGAAUGAACCUUUAUUUUACAAAGUGAAGUUAAAAAUCUAAUAAUUGCUUAUUUUUUUCUAACCAGGGUUUUAGUCUCGAAACUUUGCAAAAAGCUUGAUUUCUUCUCAUUUCUAAGUAUUUCUGACUCACAAUUCGUUCCUGAGUUGUAAAACGUUUUCACCAGUUUUUUCAAACAUUUUUUUUACCACUACCGUAAACUGUUUUCUCACACUUUCUCACAGUCGGAAAUCAGAGAGAACCGCUUAUCAAUUCGCACGAAUCUUUCCAUAUUCUCACAAUCCCAAAGUACAAAUACCGACCUCCUAGGCUCUCUGAUGCGAAAUUUUGGAAAAAAAAAACGGCUCUCAAGAAAUAUUUCUAUUAAUUAAGAGAAUUUUACUUUAUCUAGAUGAACUUUGUUUUCUGGAACUUGAAGUGCCUUGAAAACAAAAGGGUCAAUAUUAGAAUUUCAGUUUUCAAGGGCCAAAACGGAAUGCGACAUUCCGUUCGAUAUAAUGACGUUCAGAGCCAUGGAAUAUCGAUUAUGUCAUCAUUUUUCGCAUUUUCAAAUGGUCUUUUGGAAUUAGGUUUCUUCUUUUUCAACUCGAACCUCUUGAAAUCUCCUUUUCCAGACUUUUUGGGGAGUUCCUUUUGUUCAAACAUACAUUAUACAUUUAUAUUUGGAACGAAAUACAUUUGCUCAGUCAGAUAUCGUCAUUCCAAGUCAUUUGAUACCUCUUGGGUAAAUAUUUUAGGUUGAAGGCUUUUCCCAACAUUUUCAUUGCAAAGAGUCGAUUGAGGGAGAAAUAAACUUUUUUGGAGAAAUUUUUAACAAAAAAAAACUUCAGUCCGAUCAGGAUCAAAGUUCAGAAAUCCUUGUGUUUUCUUUGAUAUUUUGGCUUCUUUUUGAAGGUCAAAGUUUCAAUUUUAUCCAUUCUGAAACCUGUGAAGCGUUUUAGCAAACUACGUCUUUGAUAGGCUCAUCAAAAAAUGGGCGUGACUGGCCAAUUAGAUUCAGACAUUUUUGGUUCUUUGGAGCUCGAUAUCAAUGAUUUUCGAAUGAACUACCGAUUGGAAAACGCUGUCAAUCUAGGGAAAAGAGUUUUUUUUUGCAAAUCAAAUUUUUGAAAAUGCGUGUCUUCCCAUCUCAAAUUAAGUUCCUUUUUCUUGAAAGUCAUGUUAGGUAAUUUUUUUUAUGAGAAUAAAUUCUGAAAAUUUUUGUAGUACUCUUAUUAUUUUUACUUUAAAAGAAAUGAGUUAGCUGUUUCGAAAGUUUAAUCUUUUACAGGCCUUUAUUCCUAAAGUAGCCCCUUUAUCUUUUCUUGAAGUCUGUUAUCCAUAUUCGGAGAAGGCUGUGAUUUUCCGCGAAAUAGCGCAAAAAACGGAUAGAUUUUUGAAUAUCUACAGUUUUGUUUGUAUUUCUAACACAAAACAUUGGCGAAUGGAAUAUUCUAUGAAGUUUCCAACUUCCAUUUGGACUUCUCGGCCUUUAUAAGCUUAGAGUUGGCUCCUUCCUGGGCCAAUAUUCGAACAUCAAACAGAUGGCAGCUUAAACGGCCAAGGGGUGGGAGUUUUGGUGGCUUUGCGCCAAAGCCGCCGCCCCAAAAAAGGAAAUGUCGUCCUCAAUUGGGGUUUUUUGUGCCGAUUUCGCGUCCAUGCUCCUUCGGUCAACCAUCGAGUUCUACGCGACGCUUUUCGCGAGUCUUAAAGGUCCAUUUCUUUGAUCUUCCGUCGCUUUCUAGGUAGAUAGCGUUCUCUAGCUCAGUUUCCCUGCGAAAAAGGUUUUUUUUUUGAGAUGGAAGUUUCUUGUAGAUUUUUGUCUAGAAUGGAUAGACAUUUGAAAACUGCGGAAUGGUUUUUUUAAGUCGCGCGCAACCAAAAACGACUUAAGUAAGCUGCUCUGUGUCAAGUCGGUUGGAAACUCGAACCAUUCUGAACUUUCAAUCUCGAAAUUUUUUCGCUUCACCUUACCUAUCAUAUCAUUCGAUAAGAUUCGAAAUUUAUCGGUUGAUUAUCUAAUAAUCAAAAAAAAAAUUUCACGCAUUUUCUUUAUUGAACAGUCUUUUGUUCAUGUUGUGAUAAGUUAGCUGUGAAAAGAAUGAAAAAAAAAAGUUCACACAUUUUUUGAAGGAACUGAAAAUGAUUGUGUAAUCCUUCAGAUGAACGGUACGUCAACGGCGGCGUUCGAUUCGAAAAUGACAUCAUCGAGGAAGGAUCCAAGUCGAAAACCCUCGGCCAGUUGACCAAAAUUCGAAGGCGGCAAAGUGGCGGCUACGGUAUCUCCAUCAGUAGGUGAGCACGAAGAACUGAUCAAAGACGCACUUGGAAUGGCUCGACGCGUCCGACACUAAACGGCUUGUGCACGGCACCACAAAUGAUGACACUUCAUUCCAACCGCGACGCUUUCAGCCAUUCCUCGUGCGUCCGUGUUAUUUGAAAUCACAAGAGAUCAAUUCGUAUAUCCAAAAAUAAUAGAAAAAUUUGUUCUGGUUUAUUUUCUCGUUAUGUUUUUUGAUCCUUCGGGAGCAUUCUCAUAAGAAAAUAAAAAGCGAACUCACACUUGAAGAUGAAAGUUUGGGAGUUCGGAAACUGCUCCCUCAGGGCUUGUCAAUUUCUCGCCGCUGUUCCGUUGAAAAUUGCUUCGGGUUUACAGCUUUUUUCAGAGACAACGGGUUCUGAUUCAAUGGAGAAAUAUUACGGGAUUCGGAUUCUUAAAAAGAUGGAUGGGAUUUUUCCAAUUAUUUCAAGAUAAUUGGUCAAAUCUAAGAGAUAUAAAAAAAUUUAUCAGUUGAAAUCUUGAAGAAAAACUUGCUUUUUUUAGGGCCAUCUGGAUAUUCUUGAAACUGUUUUUGAUUGUUCAAAAAGUGUUCAAACAUCUUCCUUACAAGCCAAUAUUUUUCAAAAUAUUUUUUAAUAAAGCUUCGCCUCACUAAUGAAAAACAGUGAUGCUUGACUGAUUUUUACGCUUUUUUGUCAUUUUCUAAAUUAUUCCCCAAGCCUAAUCAAUCUUAUGGCGAGUAAAACGUCGUAUAUUGCAGUCCAUUUCUUCUCAUCACUUUUUUGCAUAUUGGCGAAAUAUAUGCAUUUUAUUCAAAAAGUUUGUACUGCUCUUUCAAAGACCUCUCGCUGCUUUAAUAAGUACAUCGAGAAGAACCGCCUUCUUGGAGCGUUAUUUUUGGCCAAGACUUCUUUCAGGAAAAUUUUUGAACAGGCUGCAUUUGGGAAAAAAUGUUUUCUUUUGGUUUCUCACCCAAUUUUCUGAAAAACUUCAGUUUUUUUAUUCGGUUGAAAAUUCGGUUCAAAGCUAUCCGAAAACCAGAAAAACAACUAUUCGGCAAUUGAGAACGUGCGUGUGAAGAACAGAUUUGGGAAGAGCGAAAAUUGAAAUGUUGUCCUGAACGAUUACUCGUUCUGUUUUUCUUUUCUUUUCGGAACACUGCACCUCAUUUGUUUCGAAGCUAAUAGUUCCGCGUUUCUCGUUAGAAGCCACCAGGUCAUUCCUCUUAACUUCUUGGCAUUUCGAAUUUUCCUUUCUUAGUUUACAGCUCAAUUCGCAGUCGACCUUUUGGGUUUUAUGAGAAAUAUAGAGGUUUUUUUCCCCUGAAAUUCAUAGAAAAAAACAAAAAAAAUGUUUGCAGUUUUUUGAGGCAGCUCCAAGCGAAAAAGCCAUAGAGCUGUUUCAUUGUUCUGUGUUUAGAAGCACUAGUGAGAAUUCAGCAAAUUCUUAAAUUAGGUCUAUUUUUCUUCUCAUUCCGCAUUUCAUAAUUGAUGCUCUGUUUGGUGAAAUGCUCCGAAAAAGCCUCGAAAUUUGAUCUUAUCCGUAUUUUGACCAGAUCAAACGUUUUUGCCUAUUUAUUUAUUUAUCAGAUUUGAUUCAGCUUCGCUCAAUUUUUUUGAUCAUCAGGAAAUUUGAGAUACCUUUACUUCUGCCCAAAAGAUUUUUUCGAGAGUUUAAAAAGCUGCAAGAAAGUAGAUUCAUAAAUAAUAUGAACGGGCGGUCUUUUGAAACGGCUUUUUUUUUAGGUAAGCAAUGGAUUAGAGAAUCGGGAAACUGCUUCUCUUGAGAAAAAACUGGGAAAAAGAGACUUCAAGAAAGUUGAUAUAAACGGUUGGAAGGCAAAGUUUCAACUUUUCCAGUAAGCUUUUACCUUUCCAGUUCACCUGAAUGCCUAAUUUUUGACUUGAGAAAGGUGAAAAGGAGAUAAGGACAGGUGGAAAAGCUGACGAAAAGUCACCUCGAAAGCCUCAAGUCUUCACGUUCUACCAACUUUCCUUUUUUGCCCCAAAAAAUUAUUGGAAAGACUGGUUAAUGGCAUUUCGAGUUGCUCUCCUCGUGCUCUUUUUAUUGCCCCCAAUCGACAUCGUUUCAUUCUUCAUCUUUUAUUUAUUUCCUUCUGUUUUGCUCUAAUUCCGUGACAAACUGGGGUUCUUUUGGUCUUUCAGCUUGAUUUAUGGCCUAGUAGAGAUAAGAAAAAUUAGCAUAGGAGCGCAGUUGCGUCAACUUUUUUGCUUUUUCGUUGCGUCAAUCACUUCUCAGCUACUUUUGGGCCAAUCUCUACUAACUUGGCAAAUGAAAAAAAAAUUAAAACACCCAUUGAGCAGUGAAGUAGUUUUUCUCAGCUUUUUGAGGCUAUUUCUUCUUCUGCUCAGCUUUUUGCCACACAGAGCUUUUUCACCAAUUGUGGUUUUUUUCCCAAAAUGUUUCACCGUAUUUCUUCGAAACUUUUUUUGAAACUUGAAUAAUUUUUCAUUGAGUUAAAUUUAAGCUAUCUCAAUAUUAAACUUGAAUUUUUUUCAUGAUUUUGGAGCUGUUAAGCAUACGUUAACACUUCUCUUAUCACGUGAACCUUCGAAAAUGCUUGAGAAGUUCAGAAACUCUCUUUAUUUAAGACCAUUUUGAGGAAAAAAAGUCAGAACCUCUUUUUUUCAAUAUUACGGACUUUUUGAGCAUCUGUUCUUCAAGCUAAAAGUUACCUCAGGCUUUUUUCAUGACAAAAAUGUUUUUAUUAACAAAUGUACUUUGGUUUUUGAAUCGAAAAGGUCUGAUUUUCCUAAUUUCUGAAAUAACGCAGUAGGAUCAUACCAUUUUCUCAGUCUGAUCAAAAAAUUUGUGGCUGGGAGCUGAAGAAUAAAAAGCAAAUGUGAGAAAGUUAAGCCGCGCAACUAAUGAGAAGCAGCUUUCUCCGAUCAAACAACUAAUUAAAGAGAUAAUUAGCCGACGCUUAAUUCAUUUUUAUGAAAUGAUUCGACUUGAGAAUAACAAAAAUAUUUCAUAGACGAAUUGGUUCUUUGAGAAUUCAGAUGAAGAACGAAGAGAGAAAGAUUUUUGCUCGUAAAGAUUGAGGACUUCAUUUUUAUUCUAUUUUUGCUCCAAAAAUCUCUAUUUUUGAUCUUUUUUUUUAGUUUGACUUGAAUUUAAAAAACCAGCUAUUUUCCACAAAAACUUCUUUCUACAUUUGGAAAGCUGAAAAAGAGAUCAUCUGAACUAAAUUUACGAGUUCAGGCUCUAAUAAAAGGAUGGGUAGAAAAAGAUGAAUGCUUAUUUAUUAAGACCAUGUUUCUCAAUGUGUCUCGCAGUUUGAGUCAAAAUCGAAACGCGACGGCGAACGAAUCAGAAUCCAUCACUCGCUUUUUUGCCUUGAUUUUUUCCGGCUUGUGGAGAGAAUUCAUUUGUUGGCCGCCACCUGCUGGACGUCAAGGAGUGCUCUCCGCCCUCGGCUUCUGCGCCCGCCUUCCUUCCGCGCACCUCAUUUCCUGACAUUUUCCCUCCUUUCCUACUGUUUUUCUGGCACCAAACGUCGACAUGUUUCUAUUCUGGUGGCUGCACAAAGACCUUCAACGCAUACUGUAGGCUUUUGUUGGUCUUGACUGGAUUCGGAAGAAUUUUAUGAGGGAAUCUUGUGAAAUAUUCUUGUGGGGGCUUCGUGGUUUGGUUUUAUUGCUCAAAAAAGCCCCGGGAAAAAUUUAACUUAAGAUACAAUUUUUUCUAAAAAUAAGCCUAAGAUAGUGAUGAAAAAAACUCAUUUUUCUUUUACGAAUUUUAUAUUUUAAUAAUUUUAAAAAGCCAUAAAAAAAUUCUCCUUUUUCGGACUUGAUCGUUGAGUAGUGAAAAAAAGAAUAGAUAGUUUUUGAAAUGUGUGUUUCAAGCAGCUAUUUUUUUCCAUUUUAAUCAGAUUUCAAAUUACAAUAACCUUCCAUCAAUGCAUAAGGUAAGUGAAGCAAAAAAAAAUUGAGUCAAAAAACAAAAAAAAAAGUGGAAAAAUUAUCUUUAUAUUGUUAUUUUUUUCCCAACACCCUUGUUUUUUGCAUUGAUUCGUAUAGAGGAAAUUCCAUUCUCGCUUCUAAUCUUAUGUUUUUCUCACAUUUUAAUGUCUUUCUCUUAAGCUUAUCGAAUUGUCGGCGGUGAUUAGCCGGAGGUGGAAUAUUUUGGGAGCAAAUUUCGUUUUAGCCAAGCCGUCGGCCAAUCGCAUUUAGUCGGACCACUUGUUCCCUCUGAUGGCGCUUCAAAAUCCCAAUAUUUUUCCUCUUUCCUUUCAAUAUUAUCCCCAUUUUUUCUCAGAAUUCAAUGAUUUGGCUAAGCAAAUUGGGGGAAAAAAAAAAUUGAAUUUCUAGAUAUUACUAUCGACUUGUUUUUUCCAUCUUUUUCGCGUGAUAAUCAACUACAAAGGAGCACUAAUUGUCUGGAUUUUUCCAGAGAAAAAAAGACCUCUCUCCCAUUUUUUUCUCGCCAAAUCCAUUUGGAAUAGAAUGAUAGCUUCUACUCAUUGAUUAAGAAGAAGAAAAAGGGCAUUGAAGAACGAAAAUAAUUCUAGUAUAUAUUCACCGAGGAGGCAAUGUUAAAGAUCGAGCAAAAAAUAGAAAAAAAAAGUUUGACCGCAGAUGUUUACACUCGAGGAUUAUGUAUAAAUACAAACUAAAAAAAAAGUGAAAACCACAUGAAAUCUUUGGUUACUUUUUUCAAAAAGAAACUUGAAUUUUACAGCGACAGCACGGCAAAGAUGCGCUGCCGGCUGCGAAAGCAGCUUUUCAUGCGGCGAAAUCGGGUCAGUUUUGAAAUCAUAAAAAAAACCUGAAUUUGUGCUUUAAAGUAAUUGUUUUGAGCGCGAGAAAAAAACAUUUUCUUUAAAACUAAAAGAAAAAGCCUGGCGACUGAAAAAUUUUUUGCAGACUUUCUCAUUUUUUUAUCUAGAAAACUUCUUGAGGAUUUUAAAGUUGCGCAGAAGAACUUCCAAAAGAUAUCGAGGCGAAGAGCCGUUAAAAGGCCACUCUAGACUUCUGUGCCUUUAAAAACCGCAGAAAUGAUUUUUUUUUUUUUGAGUAAAAGCAACUCGGUUCCAAAAUUUAAUUAGGUUAGUCAAACCUUCAAAAAAAGUUUUUUUUUCUUGGUUUAUGAAGAUUCAUCACCUCAGCCUGCCUCAGGAAUUUUGAUGCGAUCGGAAAAACUUUGAAAAAACAUUUCGCUUAUUGAAAUGAAGACUGAAACAUCAAUAUCACAACCCGGAACAAACUGAAAGAAAUCUCAAGAUUUUCUCGCUGAUAUUAAGAAAAGCCUCUUGUGCAAAGCCAAUUAUAAGUGCAUUGAAAGGGCGAAACGUUUCGACAAAAUGAUCGAUGACGUUAGUGAGCUCAUGAAUGUCGAAUUGGACCGAAUUCGUGUUGAAAAUGAGCUUUUCGGAACGGAGAGCGAAAAAAAUGGACGAGCAAAGUUCAUCCAUUUAUUUGGACCUAAUUUCCUAUGAAUGACGGCUGUUUCUUUUUUAGUAUUAUCUUCUCGCAAACAAGGAAAUUAAGGGCACGGAUGCUGAAUCUGGAAAUUUCCUUUUGAUAAAUCGAAACGAAGGAUUUUUUCUAUUACUGGAUAGAUACUUGAUAAGAUCAAGCACUCUCUCAUUUUCUAUUAUAUUGAAGAAAGAGAAGAAAAAACAUCAGCCAAUAAAAAUAUAUUUCAAAAAAAAAACCGAACCGCCAAAUUUCUGCCGAAUCUUGAUUUUUUUCUCUGCAUUUCCGUUUUUUUAUAUGAAUCAUCCUCAACUCUUUCGUUUCCAGGUAUGCGACGUAUCGGUAUUUCUUGCUUUUCUGGGCCUUGCACUGGUAAUAAUCGAUUCCGAGUUGACUGCGCUUCCAGAUCCUUUGGGCUUCACGAAGGUAUGAAUUAAGGUUUCUGUGAAAAUAAUUGUCACCUUUACCUGAAGACUUCCUACACAUCGCUACUUUUGCGAAGUUUUUGCGUCGCGACGACAUUCACUCUCAUCGGUUGCCUUGUACAUUACCACGCUAUUGAGGUGAUUUUCCACCUGAUUCUUCCUUCACGGGAAUCUUUUCCAGGUGAAAAUAGCGCUGAUAGACAGUGGGGCUGAAGAUUGGCGGGUCGCACUCAGCACGGAACGAGUCUUCAAGUUGCUCAUCGAAAUCGCCGUUUGCAUCGUUUGUCCUUUUCCCGGUGAGUUUCGAAAAGAGUCUGAAAUUCCGGGAAAUCUAUAUGAAUUGUCUGAAAAAAUAUUCAUUAUAAAAUUCUCUCUCAUUUCUUCAAGAAGUCUUGAAGUCCUAUUAGCGAAAAAAAGAAUAAAGAAGAUUAAUUUGUUGCUAAGAGGCUAUUUUUAACUUUUAGCUCAGAAAUGAUAAUAAUUGACAAUUUUUUUCACUGACUACGGUAUGAGGAAGAUAAAUAAUGCAUCUUAAUCCCUUUCAAGUUUCUCACCAAAAUCCUUUUUUGACUCAUUUUCGAAUCAUUCUUUCCCAAAAUUUGAGAUUCUUCACGAUAUACGUUUUUAUCAAGAGUUUUUUGAUCUAUCGCCAAUAAGCAGAAUUUCAAAAUCUAUAAUUAAAAUGAUGUUUGUUGUCAUCUGUACACCAGACUACAAAAAUAAUUGAAAAAAAAUAUUUUCCGCUGAUUUUUAAGCUUUUCAUCAUUUUCUCACGCUUGGCGAGCAAUGCUUUUCUAAAUAUAAAGUUGAGUUGAGUAUUCCCUCGGAUUUUCUUGAAUAUCAACGUUUUUUGCGUUGCUAUGGUUUCACAUGGCUCUUUGAGAAAUCACGAAUUCGAGAGAUAUUCGUGAAAGAUAACCUGAUUUGAAGGAGCGAAUGUCGGAUGUCAGCCUCGGACGGAGUUGAAAUACUGAAGCCUUUUUUGGGUUGACUGAAAGUUCGUGAAAGAUAGUGGAAAAACAUUGAAGAUCCGGAGUUUUUUUUUUCGUAAUGCAGGAAAUUUUGGAAGAAUGGUUUUUAUUCCGUUAUUCACCAAAUAGCAAAAGUAGGACGGGUUUGAUCAAGGCGAUGAAAUGCGAAUUGAAAGUUAACUGUCCAAUAUGCUAGUACUGGUAGAAAUCAAAAUUCCCUUGAGAACUUUUUUGCUGUUUGAUCAUUAAGAAUAGUUGUAGGUUCGGGAUCGAUCGGAAUGCCGUACAUUGACUCGGAUACGAGGAAAGUCGACAUCAAGCAGGUCCCCGUGGAUGUCCUGCUGUCCGUUCCGAUGUUCCUCAGGUCCUACCUCCUCUGUAGAUUCAUGGUCCUGCACAGCAAACAGUUCCAGGUCGGUUGCAGAGAAAAAUAUUGGUUAAACCAGAAAAUAGGAGAUUUCCAUUUGUCAUGAGUUCAAGAGAAAAUCAUAAAUUUUUUUCUGCAGGAUGCGGCAACACGGUCGAUAGCCGCCCUGAACAGAAUAUCGAUGGAUUUCCGAUUUGUCAUCAAAACAAUGAUGGCGGAUCACCCCUUGAGGGUUCUCAUCGUCUUCACUCUUUCCUACUGGAUCUGCAUGUCCUGGAUGUUCACCCAGUGCGAGAGGUAUCGAAGAAUUUAAUUGAAAUAUUCUUUUUUCUAUUCUCGUUCGGUUUAUUUUUAAUUGCUCGAAGACUAUUGUUGCGAGAAAAAAAAUGGAACGACUAGAAAAAAUAAAAUAAAAGCUCCCUUGCUUCCCCUUCGAAAUUUUCUAUUAUACUUCCUCAUCUUACUGGAAAAUACAUACAACGAAAAAACUCCCAGGAAAAGUUCGAUCACUAAAAAAACUCUGACGCUCUCAACUUUCGCUUGUACGCUAGAGUGGUAGUAGAUUGGCUCUGAAUAUCUUCGAUUUUGUUCAGUUCGCUGAUCUUCCCUAUUUAUUGUUUUUUUUUUCUGAGUAAAAUUUUCGUAAAUUGAGGUGCACGAAAAUAAAAAUUGUUUGUACAAGCAGUAUAUCAAUUCCAAUAAUCGAAUCGAGAUGUUUCCAGAUUCGACGGGAAACUUGAAGUCGAGCACUAUUACCUCAACUCGAUGUGGUUCAUAAUGGUGACGUUCAUGUCGAUCGGAUAUGGAGACAUCGUUCCCAAUACCUACUGCGGCAGAACCUUGUCCAUUACCACGGGAAUCGUCGUGAGUUUGCAGACUUUCGUUUAAAAGAAGAGUUUCGACUCAAUUACUAACUAUAUUUCCAAACGAAAACGAAAAAUAAUUGAAGUUUCAGUUAUUACGAGAGCAAUUGAGUUUAUAUAAACAGUUACCCCAAAUAUUUUUAUAAUUUGUUUUUCAGAAACUAUUUUUUUCCCUUGGCCGGUCACGCCUUUGAAAUUUCCAAAAAAAGAAUGAAAUAAUGAUAGAAAUCAAUCAAAAAAAUUUUUAAUGGACCUAACUUUUUUUAUUAUUGACGAGCCGAGAAAGAGUUAUAGACUUUAGAAUUUAUGAUAUAAGAUGGAACCCCUUAUAUGAAGUUGCCUUGAAGGGCGCCGGGGUCUCAUCGGCUCUCAUCGCGGUCAUCUCCCGCAAGUUGGAGCUGAGUCGCGCCGAAAAGCAUGUCAACAACUUCAUGGCCGACUCGAAACUCACAAAUCAGCGCAAAAAUGCGGCGGCCAGCGUCUUGCAAGAGACUUGGUUGGGUUGAUGAUUGAGUUUCGAUCGAAACUAUUUAUUUCUCUUCUAGGUUCAUCCACAAAUACAAGAAGGCGUUGCACAAGGGCGACGACCUGCGACUGCGACAUCACCAGCGCCGAUUCUUGCAUUCGAUCAACGAGUUCCGAAGAAUCAAGUGGGACCAGAGGAAACUGCAGGAGAAGGGCAACUCUCUGCUCGAUGUUGGAAAGGUAAGAGUCAAAUGAAAAUUGCAACGGACAAGGGAGGUCGUUCUACGUAGAACUGUUCAGUUGGCAAUUUCCUGUAGUUUGUUCAGAAAACUCCUUUAUGAAUCACUACUUUUAGGGGUUUUCUUGAAUUUGAGCAUUUAUUUCUCAAAAAAUAGAAAUUUUUGCAGGUUCGAAACUUUCAUUAUCUUUUCUGAACCAAUGUGUUUUCUGGCCAAUAUUAUUUUCCAACCGCAAAGUAAAAUCACUUUCCUUGUGAAUGACAAAAAUGAGCCUCUCAAUAAGUUUCCCAAGUUUCAUAAUUAUUUCUAAUAGCUUUAAAAAAAGUUACCUGCACUUCUUUAUACGUCUCAGAAAGCUCUACAAAAGUCUUAAUCCAAACUUUGUACGAUUUAAAAACUUUCGUUUUUGGUAGGGAAGCUUAAGUUCGAAAAAAAUUUCUGAAUGGUUUUGAGAAAAAAACCUACAAAAAAAUUCCAAUAUUUACCUAUUUUGUUUCUUGAGGAAGUCGAAAAAGUUCUGUUGAAAAUGGAAUAUCUUUUUAGGAAAUAAUGGUCGACAUACUAGUUCUCAUUUUAGUUGAUCAAGUUAAAAUUAGGGGAAAAGCUUUUUUUGAUCAAAGGAAAAAAUUGCGAUAUUUUCAGUUGCACUCGGACAUGCACGAAACGCUGUGGGAGAUGCACCGGACGCAGGACCACUUCAUCGCCCAAAUCGACAUCCUCACACAGAAGAUCAUCGAGCUGCAGAACACGUUGUCGGCGCGACAGCCGUGCUGCACGGCGACGUCGCUGGCCCCGCCGUCGUCCUCGGUCCAUCCGGCGACGUCUUCGGCCCCACUCCUCCACCACUUCCACGGUUGCCAUCACCCUCAUCACACGUCUCCGGGACCGCCCAGCAUCCCGCGCAUCUCCGUCGGCAACAACGGCAGCUCGUCGGGUCAUUCGACCAACGGAUCCCUGCCCCAGCAGCAGUGCUCCGUCGACCAGCACGUCUAUCCCAAUGUUACCACGCCGUUGAUCACCUCCUUCGACGAAGUCUGA